UUAAGUUAUGUGUUUAUGUGUUUGCAGUUCCCAACAUGAUGUUUUUUCGUGGAAAACACAGCCUCAAGCGGAUCUGGGGUUUUCCGUUGUUUAAGUAACAGUAUAAUUAUAUUAAGACAACCUCAGAUCGAACCGCACCUAAAGACAUGUGGACGCCUAGCAGGGGAGUACGUGCUUGGCUUGUGUUAGUAACUGUUGUCUGUCUCGGGAAGGGGGCCAAUGGUUGGGCAAGCUUCAAACAUCUCUCACGCGAGAAAAGGGCAUUGUUGGAAAUUAUUGCAGUUAAGCAGGGUCUUCAUGUUGCAAGUCACAUAAAAGACAUGCGGGCAGUGUCUCGCUCAAAGCGGCAAUCAGACUCUUGUAGCAGCGGAGGUCGGGGCGGAGGCGAUAGUAGCGUGUUGUUAGAUACUGUCGUUAUAACGGCACCAAGGCGUCCUCCCAGUCCAUUGUUGGAUUUUGGUAUCCCUUCCCGUUGGGAAGACCCUUUCCCUUUCCCUUUUGGCGGCGGUGGCUUUGUUGGAGGAGCCCCAGCCCAACCCCCAAAACCACCCACUCCGGCCUCGGCCCCGCCUGAGCCAAAAGAGGACAAAGACGCCAAGAAGAUGACAUACCAUCAGUUUAUAUAUCAGCUAGAGAAACUAGAGGCCCUUCUGCCGGAUCUUCCGCCCGACCAGAUGGCCCACAAGCUAAGGAUGCUGGUCGGCCGCUACGACAGCUCUUUGUGGAAAAUGAUGUUGAAUGUGAACAACCCGAUUCCGUUGGCAGGGCGGGACGUGGAGGGAUUCACGAUGACGCCGGCGCAGAAGGGGACGUUUGACCAGCUCCGCGAAAUGAUGGACCACAGGUUCAAGGGCGGCGCCGAGCUCGGAGUCAUCAAGGUCAAUGGCGAGACCGUCGCACUAGGGCAUGUUAUAACAGGGGCCACCGCUGGCUAUGACAACCAGAAGUUUAUGGGAAUGGACAACUUGUUCGCUACGACACUUUCCGGGGAUCUGGGUCAGUCGGGGCUGAGAAACAGCAGAGACCCAACCUCUCCAGUCAUAGGCCCCGCGGGCACCUGGAAGAACGGGAAGUACGAGUUGCCAGGGAAAGGCGGCAUGGCAACGCGCGCAGAAAUCCUCGGUGAUAUCGAUGGCUUUAACAUCGGCAAGCGUAUCAUGGCGGAUAGCACAAAACCGCUGAGUCAGCAUCUCCGUGAAUAUUACACGGGGGAGAGCCGUCGUCGCUUUGAUAUAUUCACGGGACACACCACCAAGGCCAACCUGAAGGCGGAAGUGUACAAGUUCGCUAAUCUCUAUGACUACAAGGAGGCGGGGCUGCUGGCAUCAGCAUUGCGCAACUCCAGUCCUGAACUUGCCGUGCGGCGAGCAAAUGAGAUAGAUAGCGUCGCUAUAGCCGCCGUCAAUGCUUUUUGUACGGCCUUCUCGUCUAAACUGGGAAGCUGGUGUAAAUAGAGGUCUCUCCUCUGAAAUAUACUGUAGUCAAGUAAAAUAAAUAAAAAGACAUUCAGUAAAUAUACUUUUUAUUUCAUUUUUGCCAUUGUUGAACAAGCAGGAGUGUUGUUAUACAGUGAUCUUUUGUAGGUGUUCAGAAUGUAGGUGUUCAGAAUGUAGGUGUUCAGAAUGUAGGUGUUUUUGUAACGCC